GGCCAAUGGGACAAAACAAGGAACAAACUAAGCCGAGUCUCCCGUUUGACUACAAAGACAAACAGGUAGGCAGAGCUGGACCAUGACCAUAACUUGCACAAAUACUUUGACUGCGGAAAAGAGAAGGAAAGGGACAGGGGCGUGGGAAGAAGACUCUGCACAAGACUUUUGACUACCCAAAAAAAACUCCACUGCAGAUCUAUAAAUGCCGAGGGCAAAUGCAGAGAAUCAAAGAAAUGAAAUGGCAACAGCAGCUGGGAGACGAGAGCUUGAGAUAACAAUCCCUCCUUUCUUCACAUGCCCAAUUUCGCUGGACCUGAUGAAGGACCCCGUGAGUACCUGCACGGGUGUGACAUACGAUCGCGCGAGCAUCGAAAAGUGGAUCGAUGAUGGCAACGCAACUUGCCCGGCUACGCUGCAGCCUCUGGUUACCAGGGAGCUUAUACCCAAUCACACUCUGCGCCGCCUGAUCCAGGCCUGGUGCGGUGCUAACGCCGCCAAGGGCGUCGAGCGGGUACCCACGCCCAAAACGCCGGCCAAUUCGCACACUGUGAGGUGUCUGUUGAGGGAAAUUCAGCCUUGCGGCCGAGGGGAAAGCAAUGGGGCUGCGGAGUGCCGCCUGCGUGCUCUCAGACGGAUUCGGGCAUUGGCCCGGGAUAGUGUGCGCAACGCGAUUUGUAUAUCCGAUGAGGGUGCUGCAGAUGUGCUGGCGGCAGUUCUGGCUGAUGGUGUUUCAGAGAGGGCUGUUUGUGAGGAGGCUGUGGGGAUUUUGGCUGUGUUGCCACUGGAUGAUUUGGCUAAGAAAAGGGUUGGGCAGGUUUCUGUGCUGGCAGCGGUGGCUAGAUUGUUGGCCUGUAAUUUGGAGACUGGGAAUUCAGGGUUGGACAAAGUGGGGUUGAUUAGGAAUUCAGAGGGCAGGGCCAGUAAUUUGGAGAUUGCCAAUUCAAGGUUGGCUAAGGGGGAAUUGAUCGGGAAUUCAGAGAGCAGGGAUCUGGAGGUGGGAAACAAAAAGGUUGGAAAUUUACCUGGGGAUUUGGAGGCCAGGGGUCCUUAUAAGAAAAUGGGUGGGGUGAUUUCUGGAGAUUUGGAGGCUCUCGAUUCAAAGGUGUCGAAGGUAGAGGCUGUUAAGCAAUAUGCAGGGAAGAAAAAGGUUGGGGAACUUUCGGUGGAGGGCAGCAAUCGGGCGGCAGCGAAGAAAAAUGUAGGGCAACUUAAUAUAGAGGCCAGCAACCUGCAGUUAGUUAAGAAAAAAGUAGGGCAGAUUGAUGUUAAGGCCUGGAACCUGGAGGCAACCAAGAAAAAGGUGGGUGAGCUCUCUGUGCAGUCUUCAGUAGGUGUUUCACAGAAUAACAAAUUUGAGGCCAGCAACGCAGAGACAGCCAAGAAGGUGGUCAAUGAGCUCCCCAUUUCUGGGUUAGUAGCUAACAAUUCCGAGGUCAGCAGCUUGGAAGCCAGCAUUAAUGCGGCGGAGCUUGUGGAGCGAUUGUCAUCGGAUGAGAGAAUUUUGUCUCACAUGUCCUCUGUGGAUGGAUUGAUCCCAGGGUUUGUCGCCAUGGUCCAUGACCCAGCCCAGGCCAGGGCUGUCAAGUCCGCUGUCCGAGCCCUGGCUGCUCUGUGUGUGGUCCAAAGGAACCGUGCACAAGCUAUAGCUGCUGGCAUUGUGGACAGGCUUGUGGCAGUCCUCAUUGAGCCAGACCGGGGACUCGAUGAGGCCUGCCUUUGCCUUCUGGAGUCAUUGUGCCGGUGUGCAGAGGGCCGUGCAGCAGUGGCAGACCAUGCUCUUGCAGUGCCAGUGAUUGUGAAGAAAAUGUCGCGGUCGAGUCUACUGGCAACAGAGUUCGCCGUUGGGACACUCUGGUCGGUAUGUGGGCACUGCCAGAGUGAGGCCGUGGGGCGUUAUGCAGCAGAGAGUGGAGUUUGUGCAAAGCUGUUUUGGCUUCUGCAAGUGGAUUGUGCGCAGAAGGCAAAAAGUAAGGCAGGGGAUUUGAUAAGGCUGAUCCAUGUUACCUGUAAAGAUUGCCCCUGUUGUUAUGCCAAUGCCUGCUUUGAGAAUGCAGGACUGCUGAGAGAAGAGUAGUUGUACAGAUUUCCCUGCUUUGAACAUAAUUUUAUUUUACCUCUAAUGUAAAAAAAACUAAAGAAAAAGCAAAGAAAAUUGUCCACUUACUAGGUAUUAUAUUGAAUUCUGCAAUUAUAGCUUUGGUAAGCUACUAUUUACGUGGAAACAUUGCAGCUAGAGCAGCCUACAUUAACAGCUAGCUGCUUGCACAUAUAAACAAGCAGCCCACCUAGACCUCGUAGGCUAGCUCACUCAGCCCUGAUAGAAAUAAUUGAUAAUAAAUGGUUCUUAAAGAAUUAUUGCUUC